AAGACUAGCCGAUGUUUAGGAAUUUAUCAGACCUUCAGUGCCAGAUUGGGACUACUGCAACAUCCAGCCUUGAGGACUGAGUGACUACCGGAUGCUCCAGUGUGCAUACUCCAGCAGUCUGACUUGUGAAUUUUGGGAAGAUUCUCCUGUCUCCACCUCCCAUCUGGCCAAAGGAGUAUUGGGAUUACAUAUGUGAGAUUACAUAUCCACUUCACCUUCAGAAGUGCUGAGACACAGGACCUUGUUCUUCUGGCUACUUUUUCUCAGAACAGAGCUUUGGUCCUUCCUAACAGGGCUGUUCUGCUGACCCACCAUGAUCCAGGCUGUGUUACUCCUCGGCUGUUUCUUGCUAUCCCCAGCAGCUGCCUUUCUGAGGAAUGCCCAGAAUGGUGCCCUGACCUCCCAGCUGGCUAUCACAGAGACUGAACAUACACCAAACAUGCUCUCGGGCCAGAUCUCUCCCCCAGACCCCAGCACCUGCCAGGAUCUCUUGCACUCAGUGCCCUCCUUAGCCCCUCUGCCUGAGUAUUUGUCCAACUUAGCCCUGGGAAUGGCCCUGGAAGAUAUCGGCUGCCCAACUGAAGCCCUCUAUCUGCAGCUUCAGAUCAUGAGGACGGAAGGAAAGGACACCACGGAAACCCUUCUCCGUGAGAGUCAAAAGCGCUGUAAGGAAGAGGGGAUGGACAACACUGAAGUCAUUCUGAGGGAUCUGGGGGGAUUCACUGGGGAGCAUAAGAGGGUCCAGCGCUCAGUUACCCCACCUGAGGCAUGCACCUCUGAAUAUGGGUGGGUUCUCUAUGAGACAGCAGCACUCAUGGCUGAAUUUGCUGAGAAGCUCCCUUCCAUUGACCUGGUAAGAGAGUUCAAGGCUUCUGCGGCCAAUGUCACCCAGAAGUGUACCUUUGAGUCCUGGGAGCAUCUGGAUAAAGUGGGGAAGAGGCUGAUAGAAAGCCCAGAAAUUGAGAAUGCCACAAUUCCUACUGAAGAUCAGGUAUACUUUGUUGCUCGACUUGCAAUCCUUCUGAAAUGUAUUUUAGUGGACUUUCUGCUGAAAUCUUUUCAGGUUUAUUUUGGAUAGGGAAGGCAUCCCAGGUCUCACAUUUGCUUUCUCACGGGUCUUUAGUAGGCCUGCAUACAGAGACCACACACAGCUUGUAGCUAGAAACACUGGGGCAUCUUAGGAUUGAUGCAUGUUCUUCUUUUGAUCCCAGUGCUCAAAGACAUGUGACUACAUUUUUUCAGUUUUUAAAUACUAUGGCUACUGCAAUUUCCCCAUUCACCUGCCUAAUGUGUUCUAAUUCCCCAACUAAAUGCUGUACCUUGAUUAUGCUCA